AUGGAUAAAGGGGAGGUUCCAGAGGACGCCAACGAGCAUUGCCCAGGUCCCCAAGCUGAAACUGCUGGAAAGUCAGAGUCUUGCGCAGGCUGCCCUAAUCAACAAGCAUGUGGCACUGGCACUGCUCCAAAUGGACCUGAUCCAGAUUUGGUUGCUAUAGCUGAAAAAAUGGCUACCGUGAAGCACAAGAUACUGGUUCUUUCUUGCAAAGGAGGGGUUGGUAAGAGCACAUUCUCAGCUCAGCUCUCGUUUGCACUAGCCGGAAUGAACCAUCUUGUAGGCCUGAUGGACUUAGACAUAUGCGGGCCGAGCAUGCCCAAGAUGUUAGGCCUCGAAGGGCGUUCCUGUUACAAAGACAACAACGGAGUAACCCCAGUUUAUGUCGGAGACAACCUCCGUGUCGUGUCCAUAUCUUUCAUGCACUCCGAGUCCGAUGACCAGCCUGCCAUCAUGAGAGGUCCAAGGAAGGAAGGUGUCAUCAGAUCGUUUUUCAAAGAAGUUUACUGGGGUGAUCAUAUUGAUUACCUUGUGGUUGAUACCCCACCAGGAACCUCAGACGAACACAUCACCAUCGUCAAUUGUCUUUUAGACACGGGAAUCGACGGUGCUAUCAUCAUUACAACUCCCCAGGAAGUAGCCAUGGCCGACGUUAGAAAGGGAGUGACCUUUUGUAAGAACGUUGGGGUCAAUGUGCUAGGAGUAGUGGAGAACAUGAGUGGUUUAACUCAACCGGUGAGUGAUGUCAAGUUCAUGAAGCUGAUGACAGAGACCGGCUCUUCCCUUGACGUGACACAAAACAUUAUCACUUGCAUAAGAGAGAAUGCACCAGAGCUUCUUGAUGGCGUCUUUGCAUGGAGCCAAGUGUUUGAGAGCAGUGGAGGAGGUGCAGAGAGAAUGUGUGAGGAAAUGGGAGUGCCGUUUCUAGGGAAAGUUCCUUUGGAUCCACAGCUUGGCAGAGCAGCCGAACGAGGUAAGUCAUGUUUUGAGGGUAACAAGUGUUCUGUUAGCGCACCUGCGCUUAAGAGCAUCGUAGAGAAAGUUAUUGCUUCCAUAAAGAUGAAGGAAGACUUAAGUGGAGGAGAGAACAAAGAGACCCCAUAA